AUGAGGCUUAUCAUCCGCGACGAUUCGGACACUGCUAGCUACUACGUAGCUAAUUACAUCAUCAACAGAAUCCGGCACUUCAAUCCCACUCCUUCACAUCCUUUCGUGCUUGGCCUACCUACCGGCUCGAGCCCUCUGGGUGUGUACAAGAUAUUGGUUGAGCAAUAUAAAGCCGGAAAUAUAUCCUUCGAAAAUGUUGUUACUUUCAACAUGGACGAGUACGUCGGUAUCCCUCGAGAUCAUCCGGAGAGUUACCACUCGUUCAUGUGGAAGCACUUCUUCUCUCACGUUAACGUGAACCCCAACAAUGUCCACAUCCUCAACGGCAACGCGCCAAAUCUCGAAGCAGAAUGCGUCGAGUAUGAAGCUAAGAUCAAGCGUGCCGGGGGUAUUGAUUUAUUCUUGGGCGGGAUCGGGGAAGAUGGGCACAUCGCAUUCAACGAACCCGGCUCUAGCUUGGCCUCGAGAACCCGUGUCAAGACGCUAGCUUAUGAUACCAUCCUUGCCAAUUCUCGCUUCUUCGGGAAUGACAUCGACAAGGUCCCUAAGAUGGCCUUGACAGUUGGUGUCCAGACCGUUCUUGAGGCCCGAGAAGUCGUCGUCAUUAUCCUCGGCGCUCGCAAAGCCCUCGCUCUUCAAAAGUGCAUCGAGCAGGGUGUCAACCACAUGUGGACUCUUUCAAGUCUUCAACUACAUCCCCAUCCCAUGAUAGUGUGCGACGAGGAUGCCACAUUAGAGCUUCAAGUGAAGACGGUCAAGUAUUUUAAGAGUAUCGAGCAGGUCGCAAGACAACAAGGAUUCGAACAGAUUCUGCCCUCGAGCAUUCGAACGGGGCCGGGACCAGUUCCCAAGACCGUGAUUGAAGAGGUCGAGUCCCCUACUAUUCUAGCGCCGCAGCCCAUGACAUCUCGUCUCCUACUUGCCACACCGGCCGCCGAAUAUCCCAUUCGGUCGGUGUCUCCGGAUCUGGUGCCGGACCGAAUGGCGGAUCGUGUCGGAAUACCAAAUAUUUCGAGGAGAUUAACCCCUCAACCCGAGCACCAGCAGCAGCAGCAGCAGCGAGUAGCUAGCGUCGGAGCGUAA